CUCCUUACACGACGUCCUUGGUUUCAAUGGUUGGCAAUGGACAAAAUCAAGGUCGCGUCUGUCGAUAUCCAAUCGAUCGAUGGCGGGUCGCUACCGCCUUAUUCCCCAGCACGUUCCGAUGGUGAACUGGAUAAAGAGCUGGAGAAGAAAGGAGCAUCAUCUGCGACGCGUCUCGUUCGAUCUUUCACGGACUGCAGUUCGGGCACAGAAAGCGAUACGUUUACACCGACGACGUCGCUACGCGACAGGAGUCUAUACAGCUGGCGACACGAUAAAUGGCCCAAUAUCAAAGCGAUACUGUUCACCAAACGACAAGCAUGUGCUUUUCUCUCUCUUUUGGUCUUCAGCAUCGUCCCCUUCUUCGUCAUCGGUCAAUUGCUUUCGGAUGGCGAUUACUUGUUCCACAUGGCGUUCUCCGAGAAAGUCCAGGGCUGCGGCAGCGACAGACAAUUCGGGCCAAUGGCAAAUGCCACUGCAGAAGGCGUGGAAGCAUUGUUCGUGCUAGACGUAACUUUUGGCCGGUUCUCAUUCUCACAAGCCAAAAUCAUUGACGCUGCGUGGGAUUUAGUGCUAGGACGAGGGGCGCAGUUAUUGGCGUGGACCAUCUCGUACUUCGUCUUCUCUGACGCGGUGUUGAGAUUGAUUGAACAGCAUCCUGCCCCAUUUCGCACAUUCAUGCGACUUACGGUGGAUGGACCAAGUUUGAACACCGCGUGGGCGCUCCUUGUUGAGCUUUUCAGGACGAAGAGCAAGCGGACAUGGCUUUUGUUCUUCUACAUGUUGAUAUCAACGAUACAUGUUUUGUCGAUUCCUCCGUUCUUCAGCGCAAUGGCUGGUUACGAUAGUCGUACGGUUCCGUUUGUGAAUGUAGGGAAGCAUGAUAACAUCAUGCCGGGUGAUGAUCUUGAAUCUGGGUGGAUGGUGACAAAAUUCCCGGGGUUGGAAUUGGAGUUUUCGUCUUGCGAAGCGAACGACCAGCUGACCGAAUGGUACUCUACCAAGAUCAUGUUGCAGAACAUAUGCGACUGCAAAGCUCCGAACGGGGAUGUCAUUUCGUCUGCGGAAUGGAGGAUGACAGCCCAUGAAACAAAGUACGACAGACAUGGCUAUUUCGAUUGCGAUUACCGCUAUAAAGGUCAGUCACAAAUUGUGGAUGUGCUGGGCCAGCCAACACAGUGUAACGGGACCUUUCCCAUCACCCUCAACGACACAUCUGCGUCUGUGUAUGACGUCUCGUAUGAACGCGCUUAUUGCUAUGGCAAAGAAGGCUACGCAUUCGAUACAGUCUAUCAAACAACGCGAUGCAUCCCUGACACCGCCGACCCAUCCUACGUCUGGGGCUUCUCCACCAUGCUCUCCGCCCUCUUCGUAAUGCUACAACUCUUGUGGGGUAUCUCCAUGUACGCCCUCUGGCAAGACGCCCAAUUCAACAGCUACCUCGUCAGAAACGGAUUCCGGAUUACGGAGCUGCGAGCUGCGUUUGCAUUGACGGAGACGGCGAAUCGUGAGACGGGGCUUCAUGCUGCGGCGUUGGUUAGACACGAUGCAAAGGAUUUGGAGGAGGAUCUCUAUGGGAGCAGGAAGAGAAAGGGGGCGGAGGUGGGAUUCGAUAUCUUCUGGAAUGAGGAGUUGGAGGUUAGGAGGAGGAGGGGGGUUAUGGAGGAGAGGCUUUCGAGGUAG